AUGGGCAACUUAAAGCUUCAUCGAGACAGUCAGAUCGGAACAGUCAACGUCAUGGUAAGACAGGUCACCGAAGAACCGGGCCCCUCGCGGCCGCGAUUCCAAACAGUCCGACGCGCCCGUAACUCCAAAAACGACGUCCCCUGCGGCGAGAACUGCCUCAUAUACCCCAAAGGAAAAGUAGACCAUACCCCCGACGGCUUCCUGGGCAAGGUGGCGCGCUACCUCGAGCUGGACCUGAAGACGCGGCCGUCGAGGAAGACAUGGGUAGAGAGAAAGGGCGAGAGGAGGAGACGCGGUGGACGACACGUAGACUGCGAACGACCGAAUCGGUUUCACCCCGCUGAGGACGGUGAGGGGGGAGAGGAGCUGCUCGAUGUCGACGCGGAUGAGGGGGGAGAGGGUGAAGGCGAGGGCGGAGAGAGGGUAUUCCCGCCUGUUCCUCCUGCGCUGCCCGCCGGCGAGGUGAGGCCGGCGGAUGAGGUUGCUUGGAAUUGGAGGCGACUUGACGAGGAGAGACGUGCGCGUCCGGAAGAGGUGAGAGCCAUGAUUGCCGGACCGGGGCAGAUGCAGGAAUGGAGGCGGGCCAUCGAGAGCGGUGAUGCCGGGCGUCUGGGGCCGACGGGGAGGAUCGAGACUUUUCACGUUCGCAGAGUCAGACCUGGAGAUGGCGACGAUCCGGUCGUUCCUCCUCCACGGACAGGACUUAUUGGGAGGAUUGUGCCUUUUCGGUUGGCCAGGCGGCCUUAUCCCUUUCAGUAA